UUUUUUGAUGAAUAGUGGAAAGACAUAGAGAGCGCAGAUAAAAGCGGAUUAGUUAAGUUACGCGACGGCGGUGGCAUGUUUUGUUUUGUAUAAUUUUGUACUGAUGAGUAGAAAUGAUAAAGCAAUAAAACUUUAUUGGUUUUGCUUUCUAAAUUUGAUUAAAAAGAUUGCAAACACAGCGUGCGUGACAACGGUCUGAGGAAAAUAUUUUCGACAUAAAAAAAAGACGCGCAAAUUAUUUUCUCAGCAUUGUGAAAAAACGGUAAUAACAAAAACUGUAAAUGAGAGAGAGCAAGAUAGUAAAGAAGCAAUCAAAAUUAAAAUAAGUUUUGGAAAAAAUAUAAAAUUUGAUUAAAAUAAAGAAAGCAUACAAUACGAUCAGAAAGUGUCAUAAAAAAAAAAUAAAUAAAUUUCAUUAAGAAUACUUGUUCCCAACGAAAGUAAGAAAAGGAUUACAAUAAAUAAAUUUUUGGAAUGCUUCUAAAAGUUAAUUAAACGAACACAAACGACUGGUGGUGUGUAUAUCGUAUAACACACAAGCAUUUUGCAUUCACUGUUGAUCCUCGCCCUUCGGUCCUCCUUCAGUUGUUUCUUAAUAGCUAAGCAACGUAGCAUAAUCUGUUUCCUCACAACCAUUUGUAACGAUAAAACACCAAUACAAACAAGCGCAUCGUAUAUUAUAUACACACACAUAUAUAUCUAUAUAUAUAUAUAUCUAUAUAUAUAUAUAUCUAUAUAUAUAAAUAUAUAUUAAAAUAUUGAAAUCAAAAGCACAUAUAUAGAACGAGAAGAUGAGUAAAAAGCCAACAACUGGACCCGCACUACAUAAAGUGAUAAUGGUAGGCAGCGGUGGUGUGGGUAAAUCGGCUCUAACACUACAAUUUAUGUACGAUGAAUUUGUUGAGGAUUAUGAACCAACCAAAGCUGAUAGUUAUAGAAAAAAGGUGGUUUUAGAUGGUGAAGAAGUACAAAUAGAUAUUUUAGAUACAGCCGGCCAAGAAGAUUAUGCUGCCAUCAGAGAUAAUUAUUUUCGCAGUGGAGAAGGUUUCCUUUGCGUUUUCUCCAUAACAGAUGACGAAAGCUUCCAAGCUACACAGGAAUUCAGGGAACAAAUAUUGCGCGUAAAAAAUGACGAAAGUAUACCUUUUCUUCUGGUUGGUAACAAAUGCGAUUUGAAUGACCGGCGCAAAGUAGCCCUUAACGAGUGUCAGACCAGAGCUCAAAUGUGGCAGGUGCCGUAUGUAGAAACAUCAGCCAAAACUCGUGAAAAUGUCGACAAAAUAUUUUACGAUCUUAUCAGGGAUAUAUCAUCACGUAAAAAACAACGUCAAACCGAGGUACGACAGCCGACAAAAACCAAAUCUCACUGCUGCCAAUUGCUGUAAUAAUCGUUUUGUAAACUUUUCCCCGUAACUUAAUCUUUAAAUGAAAGGAUUCUUGUUCGUUCAUUAUCUUUUUUUUUUCUUUUUUUUUUUUUUUUGUUUGUUUUUUAUAAUACGAGUAUUCUAAACAGAGGACAAAUAAAGAAAA